GUCAAAAACACAAGCUUUUCAGAAGAAUUGCUGUCUCAACCAUGGAAAUGUUAUGAUAAAUCAAUAAUGCAUCAGCAAAAGUUCAGAAUGAUGGAGGAAUAUGGGAAGAAAAAUCCAAGAAAAGUUAAACUUGUAAAUGGUGUAAAGGUUAUUUGUUCUGAAGAGUUUUUGCUUGGUAAAGGAAGUGAUGGAACUCGUGUUUACCUUGGACUCGGAAAAGAUGGUUACGGAAAAGCAGUAAAACGAUUGCUUCGAGAUAACUGCGCGGAGUUAGCCAAACGAGAAAAAGAAAUUUUGAAUGAGUUGAAUGCAAAGCGUUCAAAUUAUGUUGUGAAUUAUUGGUAUCUUGAAGAAGAACCAGGCACAGAUAAUUUGUAUUUGAUAUUAGAUUUGUGUGAAGAAUCGUUAGAGAGUUAUGUGAAAUCUUCUUCUUUGCAAGAUCUUCAAAAAGUCGUUCCUAAAGUUCUUAUUCAGAUCUUAAAUGGUCUAGUUCACCUUCACAGCGGUGAGCGUCCUAUUCUUCAUCGGGAUUUAAGACCCUCGAACGUUCUUCGAGAUGUACAAGGAAAUUUUUUAAUCGCUGACUUUGGUAUAAGUCAUAUGUUAUCUGAUGAAUCUUCGACACAUUGGAGCAUACAAAGAGGAGCUAAAUAUUGGAUAGCUCCAGAGUCAUAUGACGCAUCAGAUGAUACAAUCAAUAAAGUUCGUUACAAAAAAGAGUCUGACAUUAUGAAUGCCGGAAUGGUGGCUUAUUAUGUUGCAACAAAGGGGAAACAUCCUUUUGGAAUUGAACGGCAUAGACUGGACAACAUUUUGAAAGGAAACCCAGUUGGCUUGGACGAAAUCAAGGAUGUUACGCUCAAAGACCUUUUAUCGUGGAUGCUACAGCUAAAACCGGAAGACAGACCAUUGGCCAACGAAGCGUUAAAACACCCUUAUCUACAAACCGAUAAGGAGAAUUUCGCUUUUCUGUGUGAUGUUGAGAAUGAACCAGAAAUAAAGACAUCAUCUCCACAUUCUCUUCCCUCAAAUCUUCGUGAGCAGUUGAAUCUUUCAAUAAAUUGGAUGGACCGUAUCGAUCCUGAAUUCUUUAAUCAUUUCAAUAAAGUAUCCGACUCUGCAUGGUUAGGUUGUCUAAGAUUUUUACGAAACGUUCGCCAGCAUUGGCAUGAUAAACCUCGUCCACAACUGUCAUCAUGUGUUAAAGAUGGAAACUAUCAAGAGUAUUUUCUUCGACUUUUUAAGGAACUGCCUUAUCUAGUUCACAGAGCCAAAAGAUUGAGUGACUGGAAGGCAAGACCUGAUCUAGAGAAACAUUUUCCAAACAGUGAACAUCCUGUAAAACUUGAAGAAGGCAAGGGAAAGAAAAGCGAAGCUGUUAUUGAUUACCCUGAUCUUAACGACGAGAUCAACAAUUUGUCAGAUAUCCAAAGAAAGUGAAGAGUACCUACGAAUCAUGGUGAUUCAGAGACUUUGGCAUAUUUU